AUGAACAUUUUCCAAAUAGUUUGUGCCAUUAUCUCUGUAUUCCUGAACUGUAUUCUAACAUUCCUCAUCAUGAAAAAGUCACCACCGAAGCUGGGAGUCUACAAGUACUUGAUGGUUUACAUAGCCCUGUUCGAAGGGUUCUAUUCGAUAUGGGAUCUGAUAACGGAGCCGAUCGUCCACUCCUACAAAGCCGCUUUUGUUGUCCUCCGUGACUUCAAUGGAUCCCUUUUCGACCGUGAAACCAGUUUCAUAUUGAUAUGUGUCUACUGCGGCCUAUUCGGAUUCUCCUUAGCCAUCUUCGGUGUGCACUUCAUUUACAGAUAUGGCGCCAUUAAUAAACCGUUUAUGGACAAGUUCCUACCUGGAAAUCGAGUAUACUUGUUGUUCCUUAUCCCCCUGUGGUACUUUUCGUGGUGGGCUAUGCUGUGUUAUAUCUAUUUUCAUUUCACUGAUGUAACAGACGAUUAUAUGAAAGAAACCAUCGAAACCCAUUUCGAGAUUCCUAUCAAUGAUGCUUCCUAUAUCUGCGUGUACUACCAACCAACUGGAUCAGACGGACAACCUCAUCCAGACCCGAAUAUAUUCUUUGCAAUCGGUUGUAUGUGGUAUAUGGUGGGCUCCUCCAUGUUCUGUGUCUUCUACUUUGGCAUCCGUUGCUAUUCCCAAAUCAGGGACAGUAUUGCCCAAACUGCCAACGCUUCCCUUGCAGUCAAAAACCUUCAAAGCCAACUAUUCAACGCUCUCGUUGUCCAAACUGUAAUUCCAGUGGUCCUUAUGUAUAUCCCUAUCGGAAUUCUCUUCUUCUUCCCAAUGGUUAUUUGGGAACUACCAUUUACAACUAGUUUUGUGGGGUAUACCAUCGCAUUGUAUCCAGCCAUCGACCCACUUCCCAAUAUGAUUAUUAUCCGGUUUUAUAGAAGAGCUAUUAUUGAUUUCUUCUUGUGGAUCUUCGGAAAAAAGCAGGCGGCUCAAAGUUUCAACUCGAUUAAUUUAGUAGAAGUUGCUCCGAUGUCUUGA